AUGGCUACCAGGACCCAAUUUGAGAACUCUAACGAGAUCGGUGUCUUCGCCAAGCUCACCAACACCUACUGCCUUGUCGCAGUUGGCGGAAGCGAGAAUUUUUACUCUGCUUUCGAAGCAGAACUCGGCGAUUCCGUACCGAUCGCCCACACUACCAUCGCUGGAACCCGUAUCGUCGGUCGUAUGACCGCGGGAAACCGUCGUGGUCUACUAGUCCCCACACAGACCACCGACCAAGAACUACAACAUCUACGUAACUCGCUCCCAGACUCGGUCCGUAUCCAGCGUGUGGAAGAAAGACUCAGCGCGCUCGGAAAUGUGAUCUGUUGCAACGACUACGUUGCACUAGUUCACCCCGACAUCGACCGCGAAACAGAAGAACUUAUCGCAGAUGUCCUGGGUGUCGAAGUCUUUCGUCAAACCAUCUCGGGAAACAUCCUAGUCGGAUCCUAUUGUGCUCUAAGCAACCAAGGUGGUCUACUGCAUCCGCAAACUACCGUACAGGACCAAGAGGAACUAUCCUCGCUACUGCAAGUGCCAUUGGUCGCCGGUACCAUCAAUCGCGGUAGCGCCGUUGUGGGGGCCGGGAUGGUAGUCAACGACUACCUUGCUGUGACGGGUCUGGACACAACCGCACCCGAGCUGAGUGUGAUCGAGUCGAUCUUCCGUCUACAGGACGCAGACCCAAGAGCGAUCUCCGCCGGGCUGCGCGACACAUUGAUCGAGACCUAUUCGUAG